GCUCUCUUUUUCUUUCUCUCUCUCUCUCUUAACAACCAAAACCCACGCCAGCCAAUCUUUGCCAAACAACAACAAAGAAUCUAACAACAAAAAAUACCAAACUCAAAAACAGUUUCACUUGUAAUUAUCAGAUCACACAUUUUGCUGGAUUUAACAAAUAUACAAACAACAAUAUCAUGGGCUGAAUUCUAGGCCUUUCCACUUUUUAUAAACCAAACACCUCUCCAAAUAAUAUAAAAAUUUAAUUAUAAUUCCAGUAUCUGAAUCACUACUGAAUUUCCAUUUUCUUGAAGGAUACUGGGAAGUUAAGAUUUAUUGGUGCUGAAUUGUGGUUUUCAGCUAUACAAUUUCCACAUCUAUCUUGAGUUUUGGGGAAUUCAGCUGACUUGGAAGGUUGAAACCAUGGCUUCGUUGUCAAAGGCAGACUCGAGGCGUAUGUACUCUUGGUGGUGGAACAGCCACAUUAGUCCCAAAAAUUCAAAAUGGCUUCAAGAAAAUCUUACAGAUGUGGACAUCAAAGUGAAGGCGAUGAUAAAGCUUAUUGAAGAAGACGGGGAUUCAUUUGCUCGAAAGGCAGAAAUGUACUAUAAAAAGCGUCCUGAGCUUAUGAAAAUGGUGGAAGAGUUAUACAGAGCGUAUCGGGCCUUGGCAGAAAGAUAUGAUCAUGCAACCGGGGCACUCCGGCAGGCUCACAAAACAAUGACAGAAGCCUUUCCAAAUCAAGUCCCUGCAGGAUGCGAGGACUCAUCUCCUAAUUCUCCCUAUGAUGUUGAUCCUCAGACGCCAGACACAAGAACUACUUCAAUUUCAGGUUUUAGUCCCGAUGAUUUACAGAAAAAUGGGUUUACUGGAACAGCAAGAAAAGCCCUCAAUUUUAGUGAUUCACAAGAUGGCAACAAUAAACACAGGUCCCAGGACCGGAACUUAUCUCAAUUUGAGAGCGUGGGCACCAAUGACACAGAAAUAUUACUUUUAAAAGAGGCCCUAGCCAAGUUAGAAGAUGAAAAGGAAGCCGGCUUGAAGCAGUACCUUGAGUGUUUGGAGAGAUUAGCCAAACUGGAAUCUGAGAUCGCAAAUUCACAACAGAAUUCCAUAGAACUUGCUGACCGAGCUAGCAAAGCCGAGGCUGAAAUUCAAAACUUGAAAGACGCUCUCCAAAGAUUAGAAUUUGAAAAGAACGAAAGUCUCGAGCUUUACCACCGAGCACAAGAGGAUAUAGUGAAACUCAAUGAGAAAGCUCAAGAAAGUGAGAAUGAAACUGAAAAUCUGAAGGAAGAAAUCUCAAGAUUAAAAGAAGAACGGGAUUUUGCUUAUGAUCAAUACAAACAAUCUAUUAAUAUGCAGUCAGGUUUAGAGAAGAAAUUAGUUGAAGCAGAGAAGGAAAUUGAAAGGCUGAAGCUUGCAAUCAUUGCUUUAACUGAAGAGAAAGAAGCACAAACUCUUUCGUACCAGAAAUGCCUGGAGACUAUUUCGAGUCUUGAGCUUAGACUUGUUUGUGCCCAAGAUGAGACCGAAAGGCUGAAAACUGAGAUCGAGAAUGGGCUUUCACUUUUAAAGGAUGCAGAAGAACAACGUCUCAUGCUAGAAAAAUCAAACGGGACACUUCAGACAGAAUUAGAAUCCAUGGGGGUGAAGAUUGAGGCUCAAGAUCAAGAACUUACAGAGAAACAGAAGGAAUUGGGAAGAUUAUGGACUUGCAUACAGGAAGAAAGAUUGCGGUUUGUGGAGGCUGAAACCGCUUUUCAAACUCUACAGCAGUUACACUCCCAAUCUCAAGAAGAAUUAAGAUCGUUGGCGGGAGAGUUACAAAACCGUGCUCAGAUUUUGCUGGAAAUCGAAUCUCGUAACCAAGUUUUAGAGGGAGAGGUUCGGAAGCAACUCGAGGAGAACAAGAACCUCGCUGAGCUCAACUUGUCUUCCACCCUUUCAUUAAAAGAGAUGCAGUCCGAAAUCUGUAGUCUAAAAGAGUCAAAUGGGAAACUUGAGGAAGAGGUUGACCUGAGAGUUGACCAAAGAAAUGCUCUUCAGCAAGAAAUUUAUUGCCUAAAGGAGGAACUAAACGAUUUGAACAAGAAUCAUAGGUCGAUUUUGGAUCAAGUGGCUUAUGUGGGGUUGAACCCUGAAAGCUUAGGAUCAUCUGUAAAGGCAUUGCAGGAUGAGAACUCUAAUUUGAAAGAAGAAUGGCAAACAGAAAAAGCCGCAAAAGCUGCUUUACUCCAGAAACUUGAAGUAAUGGGUCAACUUCUUGAGAGAAAUGUCGUUUUGGAGAAUUCAUUGUCAGAUCUAGGUGCUGAGUUAGAAGGGGUACGAGGUAAAUUAAAGUCACUUGAAGAAUCUUAUCAAUCUCUUUCAGAAGAAAAGUCUAAUCUUGCCGUUGAAAAAGCGAAUUUAUUAGGUCAGCUACAAGUAACUACUGAUAACUUGAGUCAAGUUUCUGAGAAAAACACGCUUCUUGAGAAUUCUCUUUUUGAUGCCCAUGUCAAACUUGAAGUGUUAAAGCAAAAGUCAAAGACUUUCGAAGAUUCAGCUCAAGUUCUUGCCGAUGAAAAGUCUGCACUUAUUACUGAAAAGGGUACUCUAGUCUCUCAGAUUGAAAUUACCACAAAAACUUUGAAGGAUCUGGAGGUAAAAUAUACAGAUUUAGAAGAGAAGUACUCAGCAAUGGAGAAAGAGAGAGAAUCUACUCUUCGUAAAGUAGAAGAGCUGAAUUUAUCAUUGGCUUUACAGAAUCAAGAACACGUAACCUUUGCUCAGAAGAAUGACAAACAAUUGCAUGCUUUGAGGAGCCAGAUCCAGCUCCUACAAGAAGAGAGUCACAAUAAAAGCAAAGACUUCGAAGAAAAGCUUGAUAAAUCUUUCAGUUCUGAAAUCGAAAUCUUCAUCUUGCUGAAAUGCGUACAAGAUCUUGAAGAAAAGAACUUUUUUUUGUUAAAUGAUUGUCAUAAACUCCAAGAGGCAUCAAAGUUGUCUGAAAGUCUUGUUCAUGUGUUGAAGCAAGAGAAAAGUGAAAACCAGUUAAAGAUCAAAUCUUUAGCUGAUCAGAAUGAUAGGUUGAAGAUUGGGAUGCACCAGUUGCUGAAAGUUGCUGGGCUUUCCUUGCACCCUGGAUUAGAAAGUGGUCAAGAACAUAAAUAUUUCGAUACUAUACAGAGAAAUUUUGAGGGAACAAAAUGUGCCCUAGGUGAAAGUGAAGACAAAAACAUGAAGUUUGUCCUCGAAAUGUCGAUUCUAGUUGCACUGUUGAAGCAAUUGAAAACGGAAGUGGUGAAUCUUGAAGUGGAAAGGAGUGGUUUACGACACGAGUUAUGUGUCCAAACUGUGAAGAUUCUUGAGUUGCAAAGUGAGGCCGGAAAACUUUCAGAAACAAACGAAGGGUUGAGAUCGAAGGUGAGUGAAGGUGAUAUUACCGAACAAAUGUUAAGAACUCAGCUGGGGAAUUUACAUUCAGAGUUGUCAUUUGUUCAAGAAGCUUACACAACUUUACAAAUGGACAAUUCGGUGGUUCUUGAACAAAAGAAGUCUUUGUUGGACGAUAACUCUCAGAAAAACGAUAAGAUUUGUCUUUUGGAAGAGGAAAACGACAUCAUACUUGGUGAGGUUUUAAGUCAAAGUUUUCUCUCACAAGCUUUAAAGAGUUAUGUUGAUGAGAAGCAUGCAGAAAUGUCAAUGGUCGAAAAGAAAUUAGAAGAGGCGAGAAUGGAAAAUCUUGAUCUUAAAAAGACUCUGGAAAAAUCCGAGCACGAUUUGGAAGCAGUUAUUUGUGUUCGUGAUCAGUUGAAUUCCGAUUUAGUGAACAGGAAUAAUCUGUUGCAAUUGAAAGAAAAGGAACAUAAGGAGGCAGUUCAACGAUUGAUGAUUUUAGAGAAUGACAAAAUGGAGUUAUCUGAGAUAGUAGCUGGUCUGCAGAGAGAAAACAAUGAAGUUAAAUUGACAAAAGAUGAACAGCAGAAACAAAAUGUAAAACUUAUAGAAGAGAAUGAUCUUUUGAGCAAAGGAAACAGGAUUUUGGAAGAGAAAAUCCAUCAGUUGACUAAAAAUCAGGAAAAGGCAGAGGAAAAGGCUCAAUUUUUGGAAACAGAGGGGUCAUUAGUUUAUGGUGAUUUGGUGGCUUCUAAUAUAUGUCAAGAUUUAUUAGAAGAAAAGAUACGUGAGCUUACCAAAGUUUGUAUGAGUCUGCAAGAAGAAAUUACUUCCAAAGAUGUGAAUACUGAAUUGCUCAAAGAAAAAACAAGCAUUUUGGAAAGUGAAAACCGAGACCUUAAAGCUCAUUUGGCUGCAUAUGGCCCAGCCCUUGAGUCUUUGAGGAAUAGCAUCAUAUCCUUAGAAAAUCAUACCUGUACCCGAAUGACAGUCCCACAGUCUGAAAACGAUGAUGCAGAGGGUGGCGAAUCUGUAACCAUGAUCCAAGAUCCAUUUGCUGAGUUGCAGGAUCUGCAAAGUAAGGUCAAAGUUAUUGAAAUGGCGGUAGUUGAGAUGCAGAUGCUUUCAACGAAAGAGAAGUUAGAUGCAGAUGCAAAGCUGGAAUCCGCAAUGAAGCAGAUAGAAGAAUUAAGUCAUCUAAAGAAUUUCCGCAGCAGAUCAAACAGUAAACCAAAAUCAACAUCUGAAAUCUUAGAAGCAGAUCCAAAAGACAUCAUGCUAGAUCAAGCCUCUGAAAGUUCAUCAUACGCUGUAAGCAAAAGAGGACUUAUCGAAGGUGAGAUUUGGGAAACUGCAGAUGAUCCCAAACUUAUGUUCAGACAUCACCCAACUGCUUCAGAUGUGUCUCUUGAUAGCGUGGUUGAUAAACUGGAAGUAUCUAAAAGAUUUAAGGAGCCCAAUGAAGACAGUAACAAAAGGAAGGUUCUUGAACGACUGAAUUCCGAUGUUUUAAAGUUGACCAACCUUCAAAUAACCAUCGAGGAUUUAAAGAGGAAAGUCGAGAUUACGUUACAAAGCAGAAGAGGAAAAGGUAUGCUCGAGUGUGAGACAUUGAAGGGGCAACUCAUGGAAGCCGAAUCCGCCAUCCAAAAAUUAUACGAACUUAAUGGGAAACUCGUAAAGCAUAUCGAAGGUAGCUCUGACAAGUCAUCGGCAUCAGAAUCGGGGGAAAGUGAAAGUAUGAGAAGGAAAAAGGUAUCGGAACAAGCAAGAAGGGUUUCUGAAAAGAUUGGUCGUUUGCAGUUAGAGAUACAAAAGAUACAGUUUGUGCUUUUGAAAUUGGACGACGAGAAUGAGCCUAAAGGAAAAUCGAGGUUCAUCGAUACCAAAAAGCGAGUUCUUUUGAAAGAUUAUCUUUAUGGUGGUGGAAGAACAAAGACAGCAAUCAACAACAGGCGGAAGAAAAGCCCUUUCUGUGCUUGCGUCGAGCCUUCAACUAAAGGAGAUUAAUCAAUUUCUUCAUUUGUAAGUUACAAGUAAUUUAGAGAGUGAUUUUAUGUACUUAUGAAUAACUUUGUGGUUUUUCAGUUUAGAGAGACUAUAAGAGGCCUAUAUUCCCAAAUGAUCUUGAAAAGCUAUUUUUAGAACUGGUUUCCUUUCAAAUUUGGCAUUAGAAGUUCUAUGGGAGGUUGGUUGCACACUGUAAAAUGCUUAAAUAAGUGGUCGUUAUUUUUGUUAUUUACUUGGGUCACAGAGUUUGUGCACAACCCGAGCCUGAUAUGUUGGUUGUGCACUACUCCUUGAGUAUGCGCUUGGCUCGUGAAAGAAUGUGACUUCAUACCAUUUACAAUGACACGUUACUAUUUUCUCCGAAUA